UUCCUCCAUUAAUAGGGAGACCAAGAAACUGAAAUAACCCAUCUCAGAUCAUCGAUCAUGGAGGGAUCUUCAAUUCCAAACAUUUCCCUUCGACCGAUUGAACUCUCAGACUUAGACGAUUUCAUGGUAUGGGCAACGGACGAUUUAGUGACUCGUUUUUGCAGUUGGGAAAGCUACACAUCUCGGGAAGCUGCCUUGGCUUACCUCAAAGAGAAGGUUAUUCCUCACCCUUGGUACAGAGUCAUCUGCUUGGAGAAUCGGCCGGUCGGAGCUAUCUCUGUGAUACCGGGAUCCGGCAACGAUAAUUGCAGAGGGGAACUGGGUUAUGUGUUAGCUUCUAAGUAUUGGGGGAAAGGGAUUGCUACCCGGGCUGUGAAGCUUGUGGUGUCUUCUAUAUUUGAGGAGUGGCCUCACUUGGUGAGACUUGAAGCCCUUGUGGAUGUUGAGAAUCCAGGGUCACAGAGGGUUCUGGAGAAGGUUGGGUUUCAGAAGGAAGGUGUUCUUAGGAAGUACCUGAUUCAAAAGGGAAGCAUUCGGGACAUGGUGAUGUACAGUCUUCUAUCCCUUGAGGCUAAGCUUGUGGAAUAGAAUGGGUUUUAAUUUCUGGGUUUUAAUCAAUUUCUCAGGGGUGUUUGCCAGAAAAUUCCUGGUUAAACAGAACCUGAUUUAUAUUAUAUCUGUGUGGCUUAUUAAUGGUUUGAUCAUGAAGCUUAAAAAAAACAUUUACUUUCUAUUUUCCAUAUCGGAUCAAUAUAGCCGACUCUAUUCAGUUGGAAUAAGGUUAUAAUUAUUGUUGUUGUUUACUGCUCGACAAAAAGCCUAAGACAGUUUUCCUUCA